GGAACCAAAUGAGAAACCAAGUUUAUGAUCCAAUUUGUCUUGAUGCAUUUGAGGAUCAUUCGGAAUGGAUACUGGAAGAUUCACCACCAUUUUUAACUCCUGAAGAAAUUGAUGCUUUACGAAAUGAUCUUGCAAAUAUGUCUCUUCAAUCACCUUUAGAUGAUUUAGAUCAAUUGGAUUUGGAAGAUGAUCGAGAUGAAGAUGGAGCUAAUAAUUCUGUGAAAAAUGCAAAUCAAAAUGAAACCAAUCAGGAUGUAGCUCCACAUUUGUCAGAUGAAGAGCAACUUGCCGACUUCGAAAUCACUCCUUGGAUUUAGUUUAUGAAUUGUUAUCCAUAUUGUGUUUAAUUAAGAUACUAAUGUACUAGUACUAACUACUUUCAUGUUUA